CUGCCUCACUCCACGACCUGUUCAGUGUUCAUUGACAUCGCCGCCCGGUGCUCAUAGUUUCAACAUGAGGCAACUUCUGCCCGUUAUCUUAACGCUCUUUGCCCUCCAUCAGUAUGAGGCUGCCGUCCCUGUCGCAGGAGACUAUGCUCGUGUGCGCCCAAGCUAUACGUUCGUCGACAAGACCAACUUCAUCGGACUGUUCCUUGAUAUGCCUUAUUCUACAAUCCACAUAUCAGUGCCUCCUAAAUUCGGAAAGUCGGUGAACCUGGACAUGUUGAGACUUUACUUUGAAAGUGAAGAAUCAGCCCUUGAGGAAGAGUUUACCGAUCCGCUCUUCCACGGCACGACAUUCUACGGAAACCCACUCUUUUGGGAUCACUAUCGUCAGUAUGUAGUCCUCCACGUGGACUUCAGUCCCUUCAAGAUAGUCGAGGACGUCGAAACUUUCAAUAGAACUCUUGCUGAGGUGGUCUGCCAAAUGCACGAUAGAUACCGCAGUCAUUUCAAUUUCUCCUACUUUGACUGCAAGAAGACUCCCGCUCAAGCAUUAGUGGACCACUAUAAUGAAUAUAAGUUAUCGAUCUUUGACGCAGGGAAACAUCUCAUCGAGGCUAUUUCUUGGCGUUUCGCCCUCGAAGUUAUCGUGCUGAUCGACAACGUUGAUGCAAUCCUCCACAACUACAUGAUCGGACCAGGGCGAGACAAAGAAAAAAUCCACAAUUAUUUCGGUCAGUUCUUGCGGGGACUAGUUCAGGACUCACCACAGGUUAAGAAAUCCUUAAUGGUAGGGUCUCUGACCCUGGGUGGUGUCUUGUCCACCUUGACGAACGAUACGAAACACCUGUUCGCCUUUGAGAACGGAACCAUCGCCCAGUAUUUCGGAUUCACCGGACAGGAUGUCGACAACCUCCUCGACACUUUCGAGAUCCGUGAAAAGAACGUCCAACUGCGAAGCUUGUACAUGGGCUACAGGGUGAUAGACUCUCCGAAUCUAACCCUCUACAACCCUCUUUCUAUCACCGAUUUCCUCGAGCAGAGGUGGCAUACGAACAGUUCAAAUUUAUUCAAAGGUCUCGACGGCUGUGAUCGUAUCUUGGAGAAUGGCGUGAUCGGUCGAGAGGUCGAACGCGUGUUGUACAAGGUGAAAAAGAAAAAGGUACACCUCCCUCGCAGAUACACCUUCAGCAACGGGAGACUGGGUGUCCAACACGUGGACCGCCUACACUGCGGCAUGCGCUCCAAGAUCAACACCUUCGCAAGCGCGGACGACAUCGUUAGCAUCGUUCACGCUCGAGUUGUGACGUCAGAACUCGACAUGGUGACCAUUAUCGAGGACGUCGUCUUGACCCCCGCCACCUUGGAGGCUCGCAAAGUGUUGAGGAAGUACUUGACCGCCUCCAACUACUACCAGUUCGUGCUGGGUAAAACCUGGGACCAGCUGAAUGCGUUCGGGGAGUUCCUGCUGGACCUGCCCGGAAAAGAGGUCUUCCACGACCUGGCGGUGGCCACGCACAAGAUCUUCAGCCGGACGUGGGACGAGGUGAGCUGGCCGGUCUCCAUGACGGGGGCCAUGGAGGCGAUAUUCGCGCACAACGCCACCCUGGCCAAGCAGUAUCCUUCCGUCCACUUCGAGCUGGUCGUUGAACGGGAAGCUGACGGUUUCGAUUGUUCCAACGAGUUGGACGUGUUCCUCGUCACGGGCAAGAGCGUCGGGAUCAUCAUCGAGAACCGGCAGGGAAUCGAGCACAAGUUGGCAUCGAACACCUUUUACGCGAUGCUGGACCGAGGGUGCGAGGACGUGUACGAACAUAUGCGCCCGAGGAUCCUGGUCAAGACUAAGAUAGCCAUGCUUAUCAAUUUGACCCCGUCACGCCACUGCGAGAUCUUCUACCGCGUGACCGAUCAGAAGCAGGGCGACCCGUUGUGGGGGUUCGCCCAGCACCCGCUAGGGGAGAUCCUCGAAUUUGAGGGGACCAAGAAACCUGACGACGCGACCCCGGUAUGAAGUCCAAGUUCGACCUGGAGACCCAGAAGAUGCUCGAGGAGGCCAUGCGAAAGAGCUGAAAUUAUAACGUCUCAUCUGGACUAGGGGUCGAGCUACAAGUCGAACUUUUCCUCUCCCGGAUUUAGAUCUGAAAAUAACAAGCAAGAAGGUGUGAUGAAGCUCAUUUAAAAGGUUUACAUGUUUGCUACAAGAUGUCUUGGCACUUCUUCUCUUGUGGCAACAAAAUACACCACAAAUGAGGGGCCUGGAGGACAAGACGAAUAAAUUGACGACCCAGCUUUUGAAGGAGAAAAAGGUACUCACCUGCGAAUUGACUGAAGCCAUUCUUUAAACUGCAUGCUAGCAUCAGGUGUGAUUUGGAAAGCUGCUCGUGCCGUGAGGAUGAUAUUGAUGAAGUCUUCAUACUCAUUCGGCCCCAAGUGAUACAGCUGCUGAUGCAUACAUUGUAUAUACCUACCAUGAAGAUAAAUAAAUUAGAGGAGAGGAAACAAAAUAUUUAAAAGAAAUCCUUUGUCCAUGAAACAAGCAAUAAAUAUAUAAUGUAAUUUUCAACUUC